CUUAGAGAACCAUGAAGACCGCAUUCUAAUCAUCGUUGGUUCGGCCGGUUUGGUCUGGUUGGGUCAGGUCAAUGUCUCCAACAAUACCAUGCCCAUUAUCAUCCAACCACAUAAGAGACAACAAGGAAGGAAAGCUACAAAAACAUAACUAAAGAAGAGAGAGAGAGAGAGAGAGAGAGAGAGAGAGAGAGAGUAUGGAUCUAGUUCCAUCAAAACCCUAUCUGUCUUUCUUCUUUUUCUUGUUUCUGGCGGGCAUCCCAGUACUGUAUGCCAACAUUGGCGACUUUGAUGAGUUUUGGCGGAAGCAGUCCAGGGAGGCACGUGCAUCCGCACUUUCUUCCUACGAGCCCUUCCCUGACGAAGUGGCUGACAGCGUCAUCGAGGAGGUCCACUUGUCGUUGAAGGCAAACAAUACAAGGAGGGAGUUGAGACAGUACAAAGGCAAAUGUGAGGGCACAAACCCCAUCGACCGUUGCUGGAGAUGUGACAAACACUGGGACCGUCACCGGAAGAGGCUGGCCAAGUGUGUCCUCGGGUUCGGCCGCAGGACCGUUGGCGGCAGGAACGGUAGGAUAUAUGUGGUUACAGAUGCCUCAGACAACGAUGUCGUUAACCCCAAGAGGGGCACUCUCCGUUGGGGUGUUAUACAGAAGAAGGCAUUGUGGAUAAUUUUCGCUCGCAGCAUGAUCAUUACCCUUAAAGAAGAGCUCAUAUUUGCCAGUCACAAGACUGUCGAUGGACGCGGUCACAACGUCCGCAUUGCUUAUGGAGCUGGAUUCACCCUCCAAUAUGUCAAGAAUAUUAUCAUCCACAACAUCCACUUUCAUGACACCAAGUCACGCUCUGGUGGCAUGGUCAGGGAUUCCCUUGCCCAUGUGGGGUUCAGGACAGUUAGCGAUGGGGAUGCCAUCAGCAUCUACGGCUCUAACAACAUCUGGAUCGACCAUAACUCCCUGUCCAGAGGCGUUGAUGGCCUCAUCGACGUUAUUGAGGGAUCCACAGCUAUCACCAUCUCCAACAACCACUUAACCCACCACAAUGAUGUUAUUCUACUGGGUGGCAAUGAUAAUACUUGGCAGGAUGCUAUCAUGCAAGUUACUCUUGCAUUCAAUCAUUUCGGAAGGGGUCUUGUUCAGAGGAUGCCCAGGUGCCGAUGGGGAUUCUUCCAUGUCGUGAACAAUGACUACACCCACUGGCUCAUGUAUGCUAUUGGCGGUAGCCAACAUCCUACCAUUAUUAGCCAAGGCAACCGGUUCAUUGCUCCACCAGACAGAGAUGCGAAGGAGGUAACCAUGAGGAUUUCCGCGGCACCAGAUGCAUGGAAGAAAUGGACAUGGAGAUCGGAAGGUGACCUUUUGAUGAAUGGCGCCAGGUUCACACAAUCCGGGAAUCCCAGGAAGAGAAGGUAUUUCACGAAGAAGGAUAUGAUAAAAGCAAAGCCCGCAUCAUUCGUAAAAAGGCUCACCCGCUUUGCAGGCACCCUCCCCUGCAAGAAGUUUACACCUUGUUAACCGAACAAGGUAGUAUGGAAUAGACGGGGAAAGAGAGUCAAGAGGACAAAAAGUGGGUAAGAGAACGUUUGUUGCUUGUAAGAGGGAGGGAGAGAGGGAGAGAGAAAAGAUUAAUUCAUUGGUAAUCCAUUAGUAAUUUUAUUGUAUGUCUACUAGUAUUAACCUUAUGUUGCCAAAUUUCCACCGCAUUCAUUUUAUUAAGAGACAUUGAAGCGUGAUGCCAUGCUCCUUUGUGGAAGAGAAUGACAAAUGAAAAUUACACCGGUGAGAUGAACAUGUUCCUCUAUAAGUUUGUUCUUUUCACGGCCAU